CUCCAGCGCUUCCUUGCAUACGCUCGGUGUGAAAAGCGAAAGAACCGAAAGAACACCCUCUUAUAGGUGCAUUAAAUACAUGACUGUCAACGCUUUGUAAAUCAUAACAAUAAAUAAAAUUUUUGUUUUUUGUUUUCCGAAAUUUAUAAUCUUGUAAAAUUUGCCUGAACACCAUGGUAAAAGGUCGACAAACACGUACACCAGCACAAAGCUUGGUACACACAAGAUCGAAUGCGAUCGGUCAUAAUAAUAACUUGUUUUCCUCACCAUUGAAGAAAAAAAGAAAAUUAGAAAAUGAAAAUACUAUUGACAAAGUUAGAGGAAUCGGUCCUGUGACAAAAGCAGGACAUACUAUCAAAUCACCAGUUUGUAUAACGUCAUACUUUAGUUCGUCGAAGAUAAAUGGUUUCUCAGAGAAUGUCAUUAAAAAAACAGAUCCCAUAAAAUCCUGUAUAACUUCCAAUGAAAAAUUAUUGGACAUUGGAAAGAAUAUUGUAAAUAAUUACAAUGAUGGAUCACCGAUCAGAGAUCGAUUUGAAACAGAUGAAACUCCAGUUGCUGUACUAUGUCGCGAUCCGCCAACACCUCAUCGUAUCAACAUGCCCGAUAGUCAGUUCAUUCCAAGAAAUUCAGCCGAAAAAACUGAAAAAAAGACUUUGGAAGUAACACAGUUUACUGGGCAGCCACUGGCUGGUAAAACUAGACGUGGUCGACCAAAGUUAAAAUUUCCUACUUUACCAAAUCAACCAACAAAUGAAAAAGCAAAUAGUAAUGCUUGUAAUCAUAAACUAACAGAAUAUUUUCCAGUUAGACGAAGUGAACGAAAGUGUAAAAAAACUGUUCUCGAGGAAAAACAAAGAGAAAUUGAAAAUAAAGUUUUGUGUCAAGCCGAGGACGGUCUAGAGAUAAAAAAAUUUGUUGAAAAAGGCCGGGGAAUAGUGACAACUCGUAAAUUUCCCAAAGGUGAAUACGUUGUAGAAUACAUCGGAGAACUUAUCGAACAAGUUACUGCAAAAAAAAGAGAAAUCGAGUACGCUAAAGAUCAAAACGCUGGUUGUUACAUGUACUAUUUUCAACAUCGUAACCAACAGUAUUGUGUGGAUGCAACAGCAGAGUCUGAUAAACUUGGUAGACUCGUCAAUCAUUCACGUAAUGGGAAUUUAUUAGCACGCGUUAUAGACAUUGGGUCAACGCCACAUCUUGUGCUCACCGCUAAAGAAGACAUACCAGUUGGAGUCGAAAUUACAUAUGACUAUGGUGAUCGUAGCCGCGAAUCAAUCAGAAAUCAUCCUUGGCUUGCAUUAUAACCUUUGAUUGUUUUGCAUAGAUUAAUUUUUUAUAAUAUGAAAUUUACUUAUUAAUUUCUUCGUUGCGACUGCAUAAUUUUUCAUUUCAUCCUUUAUCUGGUGGUAUCAAUUUCAAUGUUGACUCUGAAAAUUUAAAUAUAUUUUUUAACACGCGUAAAAACUAACUAUGGAGUUGUAAAUCAUAUUGUUUUUUUUACGCGUAUUCGUUUUAAAAAUAUCUAUAAAAAAAAUAAUAAAAUUCGUACUUUUAAAUCUCCGAGCUAAACAUGAGUCUGUCAGUUUAUGUACACUUCCAAGUAUUUUGAGCAGUAUUUUUUUAUAACAAAAAAUAAGACUAUGUUUUGUUUAAGUAAAAAACUUGAAACUUAAAAAAUAUUUGAUUCAACAAUCAUAUUUUUUAAUCACACGAAUGAACUUUAGAUCCUGAAUGAAUAGUUAUUAAUUUGAAUAGCCUAAUAGCUACGACAAUGUAUUUAUUGUCUCAAAUAGAAACUUUUUAUUGAGCUAUGAUCGUUAUCCAUAUAUUAUGUUGAGCAUUCUGUCACUUAUUCAUCUACAAAAAGCUUUAAUUCAAUUAUUAUCGAGAUAUUAUUAAUAGUUGCAUAUCAUAAUUAUUUAUUUAGAGCGUCCUAUAUUUUAAAAAAAAAAAAAAAACAUUGCAAGCGCAUUUUAUAUUAUUCAAACUUUUCGGAUAUAUUUUUGCACUGUUGAUGAAAUCCAUGAAAAAUUUUUUUCGUUUUUUGAAAUUAAAUUGAUACUACCACUAGUGGGCAUAUAUAUUUAGAAAGAUUGAUGAAUUAUUAUAUUUUUACUAAUCACUGCCAAGGAAUGAAUUUGGAAAAGUUUUAUUUACUUAUACAAAUCAAAUUAUAAUUGAUGAAAAUAUUUCUUAUCUAAAUUUUUUAAUUGAAAGUUUCAUUUCUUUAAAGGUUAAUUAUAAUGUACAUGAUGAAUGGUUGUCUAAAUAUAUUCAAACUUUUAGAAUAUGAAAAAUUUGACGUAGCACGCAAGACUUAAAUAAUAUGGAAACGAAAACAUUUUAAAAAAUUGCUGAAAUUAAUCAGAAUCUCGUGCUAUACAUACACAAUUUACAACGAAUACUUUUAGUACACAAUUUUCUGCUCUAAACUUCGAGAAAAAAAUAUGCUUUACAAGACUUUUUCUUGUGUACAAAUUGUAUUUCAUGCGUUUAGUUCUAUAUAUUCAACAAAAUAAAUUAUUAUAAAAUCUCCGAUUCUUGUAUUAUUUAUCAAAAUAUUUAUUAUUAUUAUUAUUAUUUUUCAAUUAUUAAUAUCUAUCUAUUUGUGUUUAGCUUAGAAAUAAAAUAUAAAUAAAUAUAGAUAAUUGAAUAAAAUUUGCAUUUUACAAAGCAAAUAAGUUACCAAGACUUUAGAUACAUAUAUAAAGUAUCGAACAAUUUAUCUUAAUUGAAUAUAAUACAAACAAAUACUAUCGUGACUUCAAUGAUUUUUUUUGAAGCGUAACAAUGAAUCGAGUUGACUUUUCAUAUUUCAAAAACAUUUUUAUCAUCAGUUUUACUCUUUUAUAUCGGAAUUUUCUGAGAUUAAUAAAUUAUUUUUGAAAUUAAUACAAUUAUUACAACAGUUAUGAUUUCUUAAACAAAAGAAGUGAAAUAAAAAACAAAAUUUUUCAGCUUUUGUACCCAAAAACGUUAUUUUUUUCUUAUAAUAUAUAUAUAUAUAUAUAUAUACACAUUAAUAUAUAUAUAUAUAUACAUUACUUCAUUAGUGUAAGAUAGAUAAUAGAAUUACUUUAUUUGCUGGCUACUGAAAAAAACAAAUCGAGGCGUUUUUUAAUAAAAGGAUAUAAGGUAUACUAGAAACACCUCAAUUAUAUUUCACGUUUUUUUUUUAACUAAAGUUUCUUAAACAUACAUAUCUUAAUUAUACUGAUAUUGAAAGAAAUAAUAUUAGGUAUUUUGGUACAAAAAUUAAAAAAUGUUUUUUAUCGUGACUACUGUUUUUUCUUUCAAACGUAUAAACGUGAAAACCCACAUAUAUGUUUUUUCUAUAGAAACUACGAAAAAGGUUGAGAUAAACAUAAAAUACUCGUAGAUAUUAUUAUUUUAUAACAAUGAAUUCGAGUUAUUUUGUUUUUAAAGAAUGAACUACACAGUAAAAAAAAAAAUUCUAUUUUUGAUAACAAAACUUGAAAAUAGAAUUUUCGUUCUAGAAAAUUUUUAGUUUCAAAAGAAAAAAAAAAGUUCUUGUUAUGAAUGGAAAACUUUUUGUUAAAAGACAAAAAAAUUCUUGAAACAUGACAGAUUUAGAUUUGAAAUAAAACUAAAUUAGUUUUGAAAAAAGAUAGUCAAGUUCCCCAAGGUGCACUCUAAGUGUUCCGUAGGAUUUUUUAUUUUUUUUCUUGCUGUUUACAAAAAUAUUGUAAAAAAACAGUUUGUGACACUACAUAUCGUUGAAUAAAAAAAAAAAAAUAAACGACCGAAAAAUUUGAAAAAAAUAUCGUAGAGUCUACAGAUGAAGCGUCGUCGAUUAAAACAUUGCCGGAAUUGAUCGGUCAAUAUUUGGAAUUGGGCCAUGUCCAAAAAUGGGCAUAUUAAAUCUAAUACGGCCCCAAAAUUGAAAAUAAAUAUGACGAUUGCUUUCGGCCAGAAAAAAUAAAGAAAAUGAGCAUCUCACAAGCCAAUUCGAUUCGAGACUCCACGUUUUAUCUCGAAAUAACAAAAAGUCACAGAAAAGCGAAAACAUAAGUGUCCUACGGAACACUAAAAAAGAAAAAUUAUUCUUGCAAUGAUAAUAAAACUUCUUGAAAUAAAUGCUAAAAAGGUCUUGAAUUUAGACGCAUACUUCUUAAAAAAAAUCUCACUUCUAGAACAACAGUUCUAAAUUUUAGAGCAAGAGUUCUCGGAAAUAAUCAAGUUGUGUCUUGAAUUGAGAACAAAACGAUUUCUUUCAAGUCAAAAUUAGAUUUAAUUCAAGAAGUAAAUUACUACUGAUUUAAAUAAAAAAAAAAUUAUUUGUUUACCAUAACUUAUGUUAAUUAAUGUUUUUUUCUCCUAAACUAAUAACCUAUGAGGGGAUUCGAACCCUCGACCGACGCAUACCACGACAUCUUAAACCUAACGACUUUUCCACCGAGCCACGAGCGCAUGUACGUGACGGGACGAAAAUUUCUGUUUUCAUAAAGCAUGACAUUUGAGAAAAAAGAUUAAGUCAUAUUCGAAUUGAAAAAUUAACGUUCAAUAAUAAAUACUUACGAAAAAAUAGAAAAAAAAAUUUAAUAGAAUACUAAUCAUACUCGGUAUUUAUUUUUUAUAUUAUUAUCAUAUUAAUAUUAAAGUAAUACAAACAUAGAAAAAAGAAUAUUUUAUUAUGUCUUAUAAGUUGUCUUAUGAUAUACUUAUGUAAAAAAAAUAAUAAGCAAAACACGAGGGGGAAGUCACUUGUGUAAUCUGGUGUACAUCGAGAGAAGAAUCUUCAAUAAUCUCUUGUAAUCUUACAGAAAUGAUUACGAAAAAAUCGUGUCAUCGAUGUAAUCUAAGGUACUCUUGUAAUCUUUUAUAAUCAUCAAUAAUCUUCAAAAAUUUUAUGUAAUCACCAGUAAUCUUACGUCGUAUAUCUGUAAUCUGCGAAAAUUUCUUGUAAUCUUGACAUGAUUACAGAAAUUCUCCGUAAUCUUCCCUCCUCGUCUUCAAAUCGCGCAUGCGCGUGCAUACAUGCACACGUAUAGUAUGCUAAUUUUUUUUUUUUAUUAGUUUUUCAUUAUUUUUUUGUUUCUUCUUUGAAUUUUAAGUGUAAUCAUAAAAAAUUACAGGGAAUCUUUGUGAUUACCAAAAAAAAAAAAGUAAUCUUGUGUAAUCAUUAGAAAUAUUGCAUGAUUACAGGUAAUCUGUAAACUGGUGUAAAUCUUCAAUAAUCUCGUGUAAUCUUUUUGAAAUCUUUGAAUUUUAAGCGUAAUCAUAAAAAAUUACUGGGAUUCUUCGUGAUUACAAAAAAAGUAAUCUUGUGUAAUCAUUGGAAAGAUUACAUGAUUACUGGUAAUCUGUAAUCUGGUGUACACUAAAUUUUGGAGUGACUUCCC